AUCUCUCUCUCUCUCUUCUUCUGAGAUUUCACGAUGCAUUUCCUUCUCCUUGCAGUUCUUUUACUGCCUCUCCUUUUCUUCCUCUUCAAAUUUGUAAACUCCACGUUGUGGGUCCCACUGAGGACGCAACAUCACUUCCGAAGGCAAAGGCAUACAGGGGCCUGCCCACCGUCCGAUCCUUGGGAACUCUGCCGAGAUCCGCCGGCUGUCCUCGGAAUCUCUCUCAAAGCGGGGUCGUUUUGACCACGACACGCUUCCCCGCGCGUCCCAACAUUACCACAAGUGGUCCCGCACAUACGGGACGAAUUUCCUGUACUGGUUCGGGCCCAGGGCCAGGCUGGCAAUAUCCGAACCUGACAUAAUCAAGGAAGUGUUGAUGAAUACGAGUGGGUCGUUUCGGAAAUUACCGUUUACCCCUUUAACAAAAACUUUGUUUGGAGAGGGACUUUUUGGGCUUGUCGGAGAAGAAUGGGCUUUUCAUAGAAGGAUGGUAAACCAGGCCUUUAAAAUGGAGCGGGUCAAGGGUUGGGUACCAGAAAUUGUGGGGAGUACCAUGAAAAUGUUUGAGAAGUGGGAGAAUGUAAGAGGAGGGACAGAUGAGUUCGAAAUCGAUGUGCACAAAGACCUUCAUGACCUCUCAGCGGACGUGAUAUCAAGGACAGCUUUCGGAACCAGUUUUGAGGAAGGAAAGCGAGUUUUCGACUUACAAGAACAACAAAUGCAUUUGUUCACCAAGGGAGCCAGGAGUAUCUACAUUCCGGGAUUCAGGUUUUUGCCUACCAAGAAUAACCGAGAAGGGUGGAAACUCGACAUGGAAACUCGUGAAUCAAUACGGAUGUUGAUCGUGAGUAACUGCGAAAGAAGUGAAGAUUCAACAAAUCUGCUUAGUCUGUUGAUGUCUCCUUACAAGAAUCAGGACGGCAAAGAGGAGAAAUUAGGGAUAGAGGAAGUUAUAGAUGAGUGCAAGACCUUCUAAUUUGCAGGAAAGGAAACGACUGCUAAUCUUCUGAGCUGGGCGCUUCUGCUCUUGGCAAAGCAUCAGGAAUGACAAGACAAAGCUAGGGAAGAAAUCAUUCGCAUGUCGGGGGACAAUAAGCUUCCGGUUGCAGAUAAUUUUAAUGACCUCAAGAUCGUAAGUUCCAUGCAGUCUUUCCUAUGUACAUGUACCAAUGCUGGGAAGAAAUUUAAUUUUGUACUUGAUAGGAUUUUUAGUACUUGCCCAAAUAGGGUUAAAAUCACUAAAAAUACUUACAAGAAUUACAAGGUAAUUGUUGUAUAAAUGCUCAUGCAAGGUCGUUGUCCCCAAAGAUUGUUUGACUAAUUUUGUAAUUAAACUAACUCUUGAUUAACUAUU